CCCAUGGCUGACUCCACUGUACCCCCCUCGCUGCCCUGUGGCCUUAUCAAUGCCGCCAACCGGUACCUGAGCGCCGAGCCCUUCCGCUUCCAGGUGGUGGCCACGGGCUUGGUGCUGCGGCUCCGCCAGGUCUGGAUGCUCCGCUUCGUGCCCUCACAGGGAGCCGGAGCGGCCGGGCAGGCUGAGGAGAGCGGGCAGAGACUGCAUCUGCUCAGCUGGCUGCAGCGCUUCCUGGCGGCCGAUCCCAAUGGCAAAGUCACCUGUGACCAGGAGAGCCCGGGCCCAGGUGCCCUCUUCCUGCUGCGGCAGUACCCAGAUGGCAAGGUGUGCAAACUCCACCCACCCCGAACUCUCCAUUGCCCCCCACCCCAGGCACCAGCUCCACUGACCCCGGGCCCCCCUCCUACUGCAGCAGCACCUGAGGGCAAGGUGUGAGCCCCCACCUGCCCCAGCACCUAGCACCCACAUACUGCUGCCAUAUCAGCCCAUCUGAUGGUAGAGCCCGCAGCCCCCUGCCCUCCCUAUGGGCAAUCUCCCAGCACCCCGGCUAGGGGGACCUGACAACUGGGGGAGGAGCAAAGCUGGCUAGGGCUCAGCUGGCGAAGGGGCUUCCCACAGAUCAGUGGGGGUCCUUGCACUGAGCCGGGGCAUGGGGAAGUGCAGAUGAGCUCGGGUGCCAUGUCAAGUCAGAAUUAGCUCUCCCACCAAGCGACCUCUCUGCUGUGGCCAAGGCCUUAGGGGCACCGCACUAUAUUGGAGAGUGACCAUGGCCUCAGCCCACCAUUAGUGGUCUCUACAACACAGGAUGGGUGGGCUCAUCUCAGUUCCUCUAUCCCCCCUGAUUUGUGUGUUGGGAAGGAAGUUUGUCCUAUGCCUGCUCAGAUCCUCUACCCAGGAGCCACCAGGGGCCACACAGCCCCCAAGAAAUCCCCCUUCUGUGGGCACAGUCGCUGUGUCACUGGCUGGAGGUGACUGGGUGCUCCCUGAGGGCCGGUUGGCUCGGGGCCCGCUUUUAGGGCACUGGGUCCCACUGUAAGCUCCAGGGAUGGGGAGGCACUUUUUGCCUCCAGGCCAGUGACUGGAGUCUGGCUGGAGCUGGUAGUGACCAAAAGCCUUCCCGCGGGCCGGCUGCUGAGGGGUCUGGGGCAGAUAAGUUGUAGGCAUCGCAACCUGGUGGCGCAGGUGCCCAUGUCUCAGAUGCCAUGGCUGGGAGCCUCCAAACAAGCCACCUGGCCAGCAUGAGGAGUGGGUGGAGCCCCUGAGCUGAGACUGACUGAGUCACUUUGGAUGUGGGCUGAAGCAGAGCCAGGGGCAUGAUUGCUCAGGGGUCUUGUGGUCAAGCGGGUCCUGCCCAUGGGUCGGACGGAACCAGGGGCUGAAGAGCAGGCAGAAGACGAGCUGUCAAAGCUCACGUGUCAGCACGGACCCAGCUGGGGGCACUCCUGUGCUCUAAGGCCCGAACAUCCUCUCCUCAGACAUACGAGCCCUGAGGAUUUCCCACCUCCACUUUACCAAGGAAAUGGGGGAUCCUGCAGGUCCCUGGUCCCACAGAAGGUAAGGAUGUGGGUGCCACUGGGGCUCCCUUGCUGCACUGCAACCCAGGUGGGAGAGGUCUACGUACCCCUCUCCUGGACCCUCUUCCAGCCAGCCCAGCCCCUCUGGCUGCUGAGCGUGCCUCAUGUGACAGUGCCGGCUUCUCUCCUCCAUGUACCAACACACCCACAUCUUCCUGUGGCUUCCCCCAGGCUCCCACACGCAAACCGGGGCCCUCGAUUCCUGUGCUGGGGUCUGCACUGGAGGAGCCAGCACUGCCCCCCGAGCCAUGCUGGCACCGGCCCCUCCUUGCUUGGGUAUGUGCUUUGCCCACAGGGAAGACACGUCUGUACCCACCCUGCCCUGGCACUGACGAGCUGCCCCUCCCGGCAGGUGUCCCUGCAGUGCGAGCUCUCCCAGCGCUACCUGGGCGGGGCCGAGGACAACGUCACCUGCUUUGCCCAGACCGUGAGUGAGGGCGAGAAGUGGAGCCUGCACCUGGCCCAGCACCCCAACGGGCACAUGCUGAACCCCGGCAAGCAGCGCUACAUGCGCUGCGACCAGCAGACCGGGCACAUGCGCUGCGACCGCGAUCUGCCCUGGGGGCCUGAGGCUGUCAUCACCCUCCACUUUGACCUCAAAGAGAAGAAGUACGGGCUGCGGAGCGGGGCUGGGAGCCUCCUGGCUGCCGACGGCUCACUACAGGCCGAGCUGUCCCCUCAGACGCUCUACUCCCUGGAGCUGCGGGGUAGCCUGCUGGCCCUGCGGGACGCGGAUGGCAGGUACCUGACUGGGCGCGAGGGCAUCGUCAAGACCUUCAAGACGGACAAGCCGGGGCGCGACGAGCUCUUUGCUCUGGAGCCCAGUGCUGCACAGGUCUCGCUGCGCACCUUUGCCGGGGGCCGCUUUGUCUGCUGCAGGCCAGGGGCUGACAUCUAUGCCAAUGCCAUGUCCGUCGGCAACACGGAGAUUUUCCAGCUGCUGCUGAACGAUGUCACUAAGCAGGCCUGCUUUCGCAGCUCUUCCGGCACCUAUCUCGCUGUGGGCCCCAAGGAUUCUGUGGUGAGCACCAGCACCCAAGACAAGGGGGUCUGGUUCUCACUCCAGUACCGGGAGCAGAGGGUGACCCUGCGAAUGGCUGACGGCAGACACAUGGCCACCAGGCCCAAUGGGCAGCUGCUGCUGGUGCCCGAGGCGGCAGGCAAGGGGGAGGAGUUCCUGCUGCUGCUGGUGAACCGGCCCCUGCUGAUCCUGCAGAGCGAGGCGGGCUUCGUGGGGCUGUUCCCCGGGACGCAGCGCCUGGACGGAAACCGGCCAGCCUACGAUGCCAGUGCCCUGACACUCGGCGAGGACGGCUUCUGCCACUUCAGAGUCGCCAACAAGUACUGGAGCCUGGAUAAGGACGGGCUGGUCAUGGCGAAUGGAGACCACCCCAGCAACUUCACCCUCCAGUUCGUCUCCUCCAGCUGCCUUGUGCUGAAGGCUCCCAACAGCAAGUACCUGGUGGCGGAGGCGGGGGGCCGCCUGUGGGCAGGGGCCUCAGACGCAGCCUCUGCCACACCCUUUCACUACUAAGGGUCUCUAGCCCCUGAAAUAAACUUCUCUUCCACUGUC